AUGAGUUUAUUUCGUGUAAAUCUGUUAUUUGUGUACAUAUCCAAAAUGAAUGUGAUAGCUGCAUUGGCCAUUUGCAUGGUCUUUGUUGGAUGUUGCUCUAAUGUUGUCUUUUUGGAGCUAGUUGUAAAAGAAGAUCCUGGAGCGGGCAACUUAGCUACAUUUCUACAGUUUGUUUUUAUAGCUGUUAUUGGGUACUGUACAGUGGGAAAGUUUGGAACAGCUAAACGCAACAUUCCGUUCAAACAAUACCUAAUGUUGGUUGCAUUUUUCUGGACGAGCAGCGUUGCUAAUAAUUACGCAUUUGAUUUCAAUAUCUCAAUGCCUCUACAUAUGAUAUUCCGCGCGGGAUCUCUUAUGGCGAACAUGGCCAUGGGAGUUUGGAUACUGAAGAAAAAAUAUCCACCUUUAAAAUACUUGGCCGUGUUCAUGAUAUCGGCUGGUAUCGCCAUAUGCACUGUACAAUCCAGUGGAGAUGUUAAAGCACCCCGAGAGACUCACGAAGACGCAGUGGAAGAAGAGAAGCUGAAGUUCAUAGAUUGGCUCUGGUGGUGUUUGGGUAUAGCCAUACUAACGUUCGCGCUGUUCGUGUCGGCUAGGAUGGGCAUUUUCCAGGAGUCUCUAUACGGGAAGUACGGGAAGCAUCCUUGGGAGGCACUUUACUAUACUCACUUGAUGCCGUUAGUGUUUUGGCUACCGACAGUGACGAACUUAAUAGGACAUGUAAAACUUGCCACAGAGACGCCGAUGGUAGAAGUUUUGGGUGUUACGUUGCCACGGCAAGUGUUGUGGCUGACGCUGUACAUCGUCACGCAAGGACUUUGUAUUAGUGCUGUGUAUGUUUUGACCACCGAGUGUGCAUCACUUACUGUCACUUUGACAGUUACGUUGAGAAAAUUCGUGUCACUUUUAUUCUCUAUAUUGUACUUUAGGAAUCCAUUCACUUUGGGACACUGGAUUGGUACUUUAUUGGUGUUUAUAGGGACUUUAAUUUUCACUGAGGUAUUGCAGAAGUGUGUCGCUCUGUUCUUACCGACACCUGUAGAAAAGAAGAAGAAGAUAUAG